CAGCCGUGCAGAGCCCGGACUGCAGGCGCGUGCUCUGCCCACAGCGCUGGGACAGCGAGUUGUACGGGGUUCUCCGAGCACGGGGGUGACCGCGCGUCCUGCCCGGGGUCUACAGCUUUGCUCUCCGAGCCGAGAGGAAGAUGCCUGUCGGCGCCGAGUACAGGCUGCCAGGCUGAGCGCCUUCCAGUAGAGGCGGCUGCACUGCCCUCGGCCGGCGGCAGUAGCGGCACUUGGCGUGCGCGGGGGCUCACAAGCCAGCCCAGAACACUGCAGGAGGACGAGGAGCGCGGGCCACGCACCCCUUACUGGGAUCCGUGGGGUUCGCAGCGAGCGAGGGCGCGUCGGCCCGGAUGGGCGCGGAGUUCGCGGCCCCAGCCGGGCACUGCGGAGCAACCGGAGCACCCGGGGCCCGCUGAACUCCGAAGUUAACGGAGAGAACUUGCGCCGCCGGCCAUGCCUCGGCGCGGAGACUAGUGGGGAGCUGAGCCCCCGCUGGCGUGCCUGGGACUGCGGCCUCCCGGGACCUCGCAAUCCCAGCGCCCGGAGUUCGCAGCGCGCUCCAGACAAGAUGGCGCGGCCGGUUCGGGGAGCGCUCGGGGCCCCGCGCCGCUCGCCUUGCCUUCUCCUUUGGCUGCUGUUGCUUCGGCUGGGCGGCGGGCGCGGGCUGUUGGCGCUACCGGAGGACCUGCCGGCUUGGACCCGGAGCUUAAACCUGAGUUAUAACAAACUCUCUGAGAUUGACCCUGCUGACUUUGAGGACUUGCCAAAUCUACAGGAAGUGUACCUCAAUAAUAAUGAGUUGACAGCCAUACCGUCUCUGGGUGCCGCUUCAUCACAGGUCAUCUCUCUCUUUCUGCAACACAACAAGAUCCGCAGCAUCGAGGGGAGCCAGCUGAAAGCGUACCUUUCCUUGGAAGUGUUGGAUCUGAGUUCUAACAACAUCACAGAAAUCCGGAGCACCUGCUUCCCGCAUGGACUGCUCCUGAAGGAGCUCAACCUGGCGAGCAACCGGAUCGGCAUCCUGGAGUCGGGAGCAUUUGAUAGUCUGUCACGGUCACUGCUAACUCUUCGGCUGAGCAAAAACAGGAUCACCCAGCUUCCUGUGAAAGCAUUCAAGUUACCCAGGCUGACACAACUGGACCUCAAUCGGAAUCGGAUUCGACUGAUCGAGGGCCUCACCUUCCAGGGGCUCGACAGCUUAGAGGUGCUGAAGCUUCAGCGGAACAACAUUAGCAAGCUGACGGAUGGGGCCUUCUGGGGGCUUUCCAAGAUGCAUGUACUGCACCUGGAGUACAACAGCCUGGUGGAAGUGAACAGCGGCUCGCUCUACGGCCUCACGGCCCUGCACCAGCUCCACCUCAGCAACAACUCCAUCUCUCGCAUUCACCGCGACGGCUGGAGCUUCUGCCAGAAGCUACAUGAGUUGAUUCUGUCCUUCAACAACCUCACGCGUCUGGACGAGGAGAGCCUGGCUGAGCUGAGCAGCUUGAGUAUCCUGCGCCUCAGCCACAAUUCCAUCAGCCACAUCGCAGAAGGCGCCUUCAAGGGCCUCAAGAACCUACGGGUCUUGGACCUGGACCACAACGAGAUCUCAGGCACAAUAGAGGACACCAGCGGUGCCUUCGCGGGGCUCGACAGCCUCAGCAAGCUGACUCUGUUUGGAAACAAGAUCAAGUCCGUGGCGAAGAGAGCAUUCUCGGGGCUAGAAGGCCUGGAGCACCUGAACCUUGCAGAGAACGCAAUCCGGUCUGUGCAGUUCGAUGCCUUCGUGAAGAUGAAGAACCUCAAAGAGCUCCACAUCAGCAGUGACAGCUUCCUGUGCGACUGCCAGCUGAAGUGGUUCCCCCCGUGGCUAGUGGGCAGGAUGCUGCAGUCCUUCGUGACAGCCACCUGUGCCCACCCAGAGUCCCUGAAGGGCCAGAGCAUUUUCUCUGUGUCGCCGGAGAGUUUCGUGUGUGAUGACUUCCCGAAGCCACAGAUCAUCACCCAGCCCGAGACGACCAUGGCUGUGGCAGGGAAGGAUAUCCGCUUUACAUGCUCAGCCGCCAGCAGCAGCAGCUCACCUAUGACCUUUGCCUGGAAGAAGGACAAUGAGGUCCUGGCCAACGCCGACAUGGAGAACUUCGCUCAUGUCCGUGCGCAGGAUGGGGAAGUGAUGGAGUAUACCACCAUCCUGCACCUCCGUCGGGUCACUUUUGGGCACGAGGGCCGCUACCAGUGCAUCAUCACCAACCACUUCGGCUCCACCUACUCACACAAGGCCAGGCUCACAGUGAACGUGUUGCCAUCUUUCACCAAAAUGCCCCAUGACAUCGCCAUCCGGACUGGCACCAUGGCCCGCCUUGAGUGUGCCGCGACUGGCCACCCCAAUCCCCAGAUUGCCUGGCAGAAGGAUGGAGGCACAGACUUCCCUGCUGCUCGUGAGCGACGCAUGCACGUCAUGCCGGAUGACGACGUGUUCUUCAUCACUGACGUGAAGAUAGAUGACAUGGGGGUUUACAGCUGUACUGCCCAGAACUCGGCCGGCUCCAUUUCAGCUAAUGCCACCCUGACUGUCUUAGAGACCCCGUCCUUAGUGGUGCCCUUGGAAGACCGUGUGGUGUCUAUGGGAGAAACGGUGGCCCUCCAGUGCAAGGCAACCGGGAGCCCUCAGCCCCGCAUCACUUGGCUCAAGGGAGACCUCCCACUGAGCCUCACCGAGCGCCAUCACUUCACCCCUGGCAACCAGCUGCUUGUCGUUCAGAACGUGGUGGCCGAGGACGCGGGCCAGUACACCUGCGAGAUGUCCAACGCCCUAGGCACGGAGCGUGCACACAGCCAGCUGAGCAUCUUGCCCACCGCUGGCUGCAGGAAGGACGGGACCACCGUGGGCAUCUUCACUAUCGCCGUGGUGUGCAGCAUCGUCCUGACCUCGCUGGUCUGGGUGUGCAUCAUCUACCAGACCAGGAAGAAGAGCGAGGAGUACAGCGUCACCAACACCGAUGAAACCAUUGUGCCACCAGAUGUUCCAAGUUACCUCUCUUCUCAAGGCACCCUUUCUGACCGACAGGAAACUGUGGUUAGGACUGAGGGAAGCCAUCAGGCCAAUGGGCACAUUGAGAGCAACGGUGUGUGUCUGAGGGAUGUGGGCCUUUUCCCCGAGGCCGAAGCUCACGGCAUUGCAUGCAGGCCACCAAAGCUCUGCGUUGGAUAUAACAGAGAGCCCUGGAAAACGGUGGAGAAAGCCAGCGGGACAGCUGGGCCGCAUAAGAUGGAACAUAGUGGCCCGGGUGUACGCGGGGACUGCAACACUGACACGGACAGUUACUCCAAGGAGCAAGCCACCUACCCUCAAUCUGUGCCUGGAGACAGCAUACAGCCAAAUACACUAAGUGGCCAGGACCCCAGUCAGAGUGACCGAGGACAUCUUCCACCUCAUCAGAGCAGUGGGGUCGUUGACAGGUCUCACACUGACUGCAGAGGGUCCCUGUACCCCAGUAACCACGAUAGAAUGCUGACACCCUUGAAGAAAAAGCCAGUGGCAUCUCUUGAUGAAAAAGGGGACUCAUCCUGGACUUUAGCCAGGCUGUAUGACCUGGACUGUACAGAUCUGCAGCCUUCAGCCGCAGCCCCGUCCGGCAGCCCCAAGCUCCCAGGAGUUGCCUCGGACUUUCCUGCCAUCCGCACUGAGGUCCAGCACCUGCUGGCUUCCAGUGGCCACCUUCCCAAGGCACACGACUCCAGUGUGGAGUCCACACCACCGACAGGGCAGCUCGCUGGGACACAGAGGGUGCCACUGCUGUUGGCACCGAAAAGCUAGGCUUUAUCUACCUCAGCUCUUGUCGUGUUGGUCUCUACGGGGAAGAGGUAGAGGCUGUGAGGAAGCUUGGGUUCAAGCGUCGCUGAUUUGUAUAUAGUUUUAACUUCCAUGUGGAGUACCAGUCGUUCAAAGGACUUGCAUCUGAAGCACAGAAAUGCAAGAUUCUAUUUGUGUACAAAGGCUGAAAAGUAUUUGAUACCAUUGUACAUAAGAGUUUUCAGAGAUUUCAUAUAUAUUAUAUAUCUUUUACAGAGGCUAUUUUAAUCUUUAGUGCAUGGUUAACAAAAAAAAUUACACAAUUUUGACAUUAUUUUUCAUAUCAGGUUGCUGUUGGGGUGGGGGGGGAUUAGUCCUGGUGCCUUAACUCAUGGCUGGAGUCUACAGAGGUUAAACCACCUUUGUUCCUAGGAGUUGCCAGUGGGUAGAAAGUUCCUGUAUUUGGUGUGGACUUUAUAAAACAGA